UAAUUAUUUUACUAUGCAAUUAUAGUUGUAAAUAUUAUAUAUUUUUUUCUCAGUGUAGAAUACUAUAUAAAUUUUAUAUGAAAUAUAAAAAACACAAGUAAAUUAAAUAAUUAGAAUGAAAAGAUGUUAUUUUACCUCUAUUUAUAUUUCUUUCUAUGGGCGUACCCAUGGGGGAUUAAACUCUAUCCUUCUCUGAAAUUUAUUAUUCAUUUUUUACUUUAAUUAUACAAUACGAUUUUACUUUUAACUAUGAGUAAAUUUUUUUGUUUUACGUAAAAUAUUUUUUUUUUCAUUAAUCAAAAAAGCAUUGCAUUAACAUAAAAAAUUGCUGUGUUUAUUAACAGUAUUUAUAACACCCCUCCCUUUCGAACAAAAUCCUGUACCCAUGUCUCUCUCUUUCCAUAUUUUCUAUAGUUCUUUUUUUUUGUUUUAAAUAAAAAUAUAAUGUCUAUUUGUUCGAAAUAUGUCUAAAGAGUUUUUUUUUAUGUAGGGUUUUUAUUUAUCUAGGUAUUUAUUUAUUUAGGUGACGCUGGCGUCGUCAGUUUUUUUUAUUGAACGCGACUUAUACAUAUAGGUACAUAUACACAUACCUAUUUAAAAUACAUAUAUGAUUUAUGAAAUAUUAAUAGAUUCCUACACACGCUCCUACGUCGCUUCACAAAGAGAUGUACAAAAUUUGUCAAACAUUAUGUUCUUUAAAUUAGGCUAAUUUAAAUUUAAUUUUAAUGAUUCUAAUAAUUCAACAUUAUUUAUUUAUUUUCUAUCGUUUGUGUCUUUAUUUUGUGUGCAUAGUCUGAAUAACUUUUGUAAUAAAUAUUUUGACAAAUUGAUAGUUUUGGUCGCCACAUUCAAUUAAAAGUCGAUAAGAAGGAAAUCUAUCUCUUUUUCUUGUUUUCUCCUGUCUUUAGAGUCUUUAGAUCAUGAGAGUUAUAUAAUUUUAAUUGCCAUAUAAAAAUAAUAUAAAUAAGAAAUAAUGAAUAAUCUGAAGAAAAUAAUUAUAAAAAAGACCAAAAAAUCAAUAGUUUAAUAUUGAAAAUUAAUAAUUGUGUAAAGGGAAUUCUGUAAAGUCCCAAAGCGAAGUAUAACAAAAAUGAUAUUUUUAUCGGUAAAAUAGACAACAUUAUCUUAAUUAGGGUAGUGUACGUUUUUGUCCUUAAUCAAUAAUUUUAUAAUUCCUACUUUUAAUGGUAAGAAGGUAAAUUAUAUUUUAGACCGUAGAAAUAGAACAACUCGAUAAUAUUAUAAUAUCACUCAAUGAUAUAAAUGAACUUCUGUAUGAACAGUUGUUGGUAUUUCAGUGGACUAGUAGAGUAGUAAUCGGUAACAGAAACGGCUAUAUCCAAUGGUGUAUAUACCUAAUAUGAUCUUAUUGAGUUUCUGUUUUCUUGUUACAAUACUAGAUGACUGUGCGUGUAUUAUGUAGUAUAAAAUACGAAUGCAACAUUAAUUAUGUAUAAUAAUAAGUUAAAUUGUGUCUUGUCUUAUUAUUUUAAUUAUAUAAAAGUAAAUAAAAGAAAUGAAUGGAUUUUGUUAUGAAUUUUGUUAUGAAUAAAAUUAUUUUACUUUAAUAUUCUAAAGUUGAGCUAAUUUCAAUUUUUUAUAAUUAUAAAUUUGAUAAAAAUAUUUAAUAUUUUAUUACUUUAUUUUGUUUAAGCAUUUUUAGUUACAUUAUUUAUAUAUAUAUUUGUAUAAAUUAGACAUCAAGUCCAAAAUUACAUAAUCGAUAUCUUAAUAAUCGAUACCUUAAUUUUUGUACAUUAGAACAGUUGAAAUUAAAAGAGUCGAUGUUAUUUUGUAACAAACGCCGUGUGCUCACUCAUUUCGAACAUGUCGGACGUCCGAUGAAGGCGUUCAAAAAUUUCUAAGUUAUUUUGGUUAAUCAUGUUUUCCCGAGCAGCAAAAUCUGUCGUGAAGUCUUGUGGGUCACGCUGGAUCCACAUUGGCGAAAAGAACUUUAAGAUUGCUCUAAUUGACGACGCUGGAGGAAUCAGUCAAACUCUAUCCCAAUUGUUAAGAAAUAGCGCUAAAUUGAAUGCUGUUGCGUUAUACAAUGUGUCGGCUGUCAACAAACCGUUGCCGAAUUACUAUUUCUUCAAUGGGCAGCCUAUCUCGUCAGAAGCGUUAACAAUGCCGCAGAAAUGUUGCUCAGGCGAAGGCAGUUGUUCAAAUGCUGCGAAGCAAACAGAAAAUAAUAAUCAUCAAGGAAAUGAUGGAAAGAGUCAGACAGAAAAACUUGUGGAAGCUCUUUAUCGUUUACCAAUAGCUGAAGAAGCACCAGCAUUUAAUAGCCCUUUGAUACCUAUUGAGGAAAUAGUGCCAAAGGCGGGCAACACGUGCGGCAGGAUGCAUCUUUACGUCAGAGUCCUGGGCAAGAGAGGUUCCAGCAUGAAAACCUGGCAAAGAAAUUACGCUACCCCCGCUGGUCGCAAGAGACUCUUGGACUCGACGUAUCCGUCGUUUCAGAAGUACAACCUAAACUUCGUUCCAGAAGCGAAAAUCACGAAGAAGCAUCGAACGAAUAAGAAAACGAAAAAAAUCGACCAUUCGUCCUGCAACGCGCUUACACAUGUGAAAGAGAAUGACCAUCAAUCGUUGUCGACCUCUUUGUUGAAUCAUGAUGAAAAGUCAGCAAGAAGAUUUAUGAAGAAAUUUAAAAACGUCCGUGGACUUCCAAAUGUAGAGACAUAUUGUAGAGCGGUAGAGAAAUCGAUCGAUUGGAUGAUACCAGCGGCGCUAUCGAAUAAUAAACUGAGAUUAUUACGCGAGUUCUACAGUCACAUUAGAUUUCCUUUGUCUUCAUUAAAUUUUACAAAUAAAAAACGUGAAAAUAAUCGCGUAGCAGUUCUAUUCAAUCGCGACAGCGAAACAAUGACGGGCGAUACGUUAAAUGUCGUUGAACAGGAAAAUUGGAUUCAGCGAACACGUACCAAAAUCAAAUCCAUACUGCCGGACCUGCACGCCAAAAUCCGAUUGCGUUCGACAGCCGCAUCGGAUUCGUAUUGUUUGGAAAAUAUUUUUGCGGUGAACCAAAUGAUUCCGUUUUCCGACAUAAUUUCCAAUCGCGCAAUUCUCUUUGCGCCAAAGGACUGCGAAGAUGACAAACCGAAGCCCAGCAUUCGGAAAAGGGUAGAGGAGUUUUGCAAGCUGCGGAAAAGAACUUUGAAGGAUCCCGAGGAUGAAAAGCCGAAGGCCGGCAUUCGGGAAAAGAUACAGAAGCUUUACAAGCAGCGAAAGGGAACUACUUUGGAGAAGGACAGAGACAAGAACGAUAUUUGUAAGAAAAGAGAGAGAUCGUGCAAAACGAGGGAGAGAAUAUAUCAGAAGAAAGAAGAGACAUGCGGGAGAAAAAAGAUUGAUUGCUCUGAGAGAAUAAAACGAGCAGAGAGGAGACAAAACAUAGUUUGUGGCAAAGAGAGAAGGAGUCCGCGCGAUUGCCGUAAAACUCGCGAGCGUAAGACGGAGAUACAAGAAGACCAGUGUAGACAGAAAAAGGAUGACACAUUUAGAAGAGAGGAUCUUUGCAAAGAUAGAAAGAGUACGCGCGAUUGCCGUAAAACUCGCGAGCGAAAGGCGGAGAUCCAAGAAGACCCGUGUCAACAGAAAAAAGAAGAUAAUAUGUCUAGAACAGAAGAAGAUCCUUGCCGUGAACAACGUCCCGUGAAGCCAGAACAAACUUGUUAUAAACUGCACGACGCGGCACCAUGUAGGUUAGACAAGAAAGAAGAAAUUAAGGAGAAAGAAGUAACAAAAAAGAAAGAAGACAUCAAGAAGCCUGAUUGCUCAGAGAUUAAGAAAGUUGAUCCAUGUGAGAAGAAAACGUGUCCAUCUGUAAAAAAGGUUCCGGAGUGUUCGGAAGACGACGUAAAACGGAAAGACUCUUGAAAACAUUCCAUGAACAUUAUUUAAUUUUGGCAAAUUAAAAAAAUUUUUCUAGCAAAUAUUAAUAAAUAUUAACCAUAAAAAUCCGUCUUAAUUUCAAAGUGAAUAAUUUAGGAAGGAAAUCUAAUUUAUCGAGUCUGUUAAUGUAUUUAAAUUACUUAAUGAUAAUUAAAAAGA